AUGUCGAAGACCUGGAAAGGCUGUCGCAUCUUUGCCACCUUCACAAUUGCCUGGCUUUGCUGGGACCAGGCCGAGAACAAUUUUAUAUCCCAAGCCGGGCAGAUGAACACCAUCGGGGUCCCUAACGAUAUGCUCUACUUCCUCAACCCCAUCGUCCUCGUCCUGUUCAUUCCCCUGUUCGAGGAACUGAUUUUCCCUUUCGUCCGAGGGCGCGGGGUCAAACUUCUGCCGCUCACCCGCAUCUUUAUCGGCUUCGUGAUCCUCAGCCUGUCCAUGGCGUAUGCAGCCGGCCUGCAGGCCAUCAUCUACUCACGGGGGCCGUGCUACGACCACCCGCGCACGUGCUCCGGAUCGCCCGACGGCAAGGUGCCCAACGACAUCUCAGCCUUCGCCCAGGUGCCUCUCUACGUACUGCAGUCCAUCGCCGAGAUCUUCAGCCAGAUAACUGCCACCGAGUACGCGUACAGCCAGGCGCCGGUAGAUAUGCGAUCCAUCAUGCAGGCCAUCUCGCAGAGUUUUGGCGCCUUGGCUGCUGCACUCGGUGUCGCAAUAGCACCUGUUUCGCGGGAUCCCUGGCUUGUGAUACUCUAUGGGUCGAUGGCGGGCGCCAUGGCGGUGACAAGUCUGAUUUUCUGGUUUUUCUUUAUGAGGGGGAAGGAUGACGAUGGGGAGACGAAUGCUUCGCUGAUUUCGAGACCCGCCAGUGCCGGGACCGCAGAGGGACUAGAGCGCACGUAA